AUGACAAAAAAUUAUCUCUUAAGUAAGAAUGAGGAAUUAUGCACUUGCCCCUGUAAAAAGUGUGUUAACCGAAACCCACCUACUUCAUUAGCUGAAAUUGAACAUCACUUGUUCACUACUGGCAUGGCAGGUAGUUAUAAGAUAUGGGUACUUCAUGGGGAAGAAGAUAAUCCUACUCAAAACCAAUCAGCGUCUAGCCAUGACUAUGUCUUUAAUGAUGGUACAACCCAUUCUGGAAAUAAUAUAGGUGUACUUGAUAUGUUACAUGAUGCUGAUAAUGCUGGGCCUUUUGAUAGUCAUGCAGAUAUAGGUAGGCACGGAGAAACUAAUGAUGAUUCGGGUGAAGAUGAUAGUACAAAUAAUUUGGGUGAAGCUAGUACAAAGUUUGAGGAGCUAUUAGGCAAAGCUAAGCAAGAACUAUACCCUUGUUGUACAGAUUACUCGUCAUUAACUUUCCUUGUAGAGUUAAUGCAUCUCAAAGUGCUCAACUGUUGGAGCAACAAAAGUUUUGAGAUGCAGCUUGAGUUGCUUAAGAAAUCUUUUCCAAAAGAUAAUACAAUUCCGAGUUCAUACUAUGAAGCUAAAAAGAUAUUGCGUGAUCUUGGAUUGGGAUAUGAAUCGAUUGAUGCAUGUAAAAAUGACUGUGCUUUAUAUUGGAAGGAACAUAAGGAUAGGGAUGAUUGUCCAGUAUGCCACGAGCCUAGGUACAAAUUCAAUGACGGAAAGGGUAAGAAGAUCCCACACAAGGUACUGCGCUAUUUUCCUUUAAAACCAAGACUACAGAGAUUAUUUGCUUCAAGGCAUACAGCUGAUGAUAUGAGAUGGCACAAAGAACAUGUUGCUCCUGAAGGGGUUUUAAGGCAUCCUGCUGAUGCUGAAGCAUGGAAGCAUUUUGAUUUGCGAUAUCCACAAUUUGCAGAAGAUCCUCGAAAUGUAAGGUUAGGUCUUGCUACUGAUGGGUUUAAUCCCUUUGGAAAUAUGAAUAAUGUGUACAGCAUGUGGCCAAUUAUAGUGAUGCCCUACAAUUUACCCCCUUGGAAGUGUAUGAAACAACCUUUUUUCAUGAUGGCGUUACUUAUUCCUGGCAAGAAAGCACCUGCUGUAUUGUGGACCAUAAAUGACUUCCCAGCAUAUGCUAAUUUAUCAGGAUGGAGUACAAAAGGUUACUUAGCGUGUCCAGUAUGUAAUGAUGACCCACCGUCUCGUGCAUUGAGGAGUAAGAUAGGUUAUCUGCGUCAUCGUAGGUUCUUGCCUCCCCGACAUCCAUGGCGGAGAAACAAACUUCAUGAUGGACAUGAUGAGCUUCACAGUCCACCGAAAGAGUUGACAGGCAUUCAACUUUUACAGCAAAUGGAAAAACUGGGAGUUAAAAGUUGUUUCGGAAAGCAUCCAGAUAAGGGAAGCAAGAAAAGAAGCCGUACCAAGAAAGAGCUGAGUUGGACAAAAAAGAGUAUUUUCUAUGAGCUUCCAUACUGGUCACAUCUUAAAAUCAGGCAUAAAAUUGAUGUUAUGCAUGUUGAGAAAAAUAUAUGCGAUAAUAUCGUGGGAACCUUGUUAAAUCAGGAAUUGAAGACCAAAGAUACGUUUAAAGCUCGCUUGGAUUUGGAAGACAUGAAUAUUAGACCAGAAUUGCACCUAAAGCGUAAAGGAGAAAAAUUUAUAAAGCCUCCAGCUUCCUAUGCUUUAACAACGGAGCAAAGGAAAGAGUUUUGUAGGUUUCUGAAAUCAGUGAAGUUCCCAGAUGGAUACGCGGCUAACAUAGCGAGGAGUGUUAAUGUGGAUGAUGGGAAGAUAUCAGGUUUGAAAAGUCAUGACUGUCACGUGUUGUUACAAAAAAUUCUCCCGGUUGGAAUUCGUUCGUUUCUGCCCACAGAUGUAUGCACUGCCUUAAUUGAGUUGAGUAAUUUCUUUCAUGAUUUAUGUGCGAAGAAACUGAAUGUGAGUCACUUGGAAGAAAUGGAAAAAGGUAUAGUUUUGAUUCUUUGUAAGUUGGAAAGAAUAUUUCCACCGGCAUUUUUUGAUGUCAUGGUUCAUUUGGCUAUUCACUUACCCCGAGAAGCUAAACUUGUUGGUCCAGUUGGUUAUAGUUGGAUGUAUCCUAUCGAAAGGUACCUUGGAACACUUAAGCGUUACGUGAAGAAUAAAGCACGACCAGAGGGUUCAAUAGCGGAAGCAUACAUUAUUAAUGAAGCUUUGACAUUUUUCUCAUUGUAUUUACGUGGGAUUGAAACUAAAUUUAAUCGCCCAGAACGAAAUAAUGAUAAUUCAGAUGAUAGUCAACGACGCAAGGGAAAGCUGUCUGUUUUCGCUCAGGAUGUCCGUCCCUUCGGUACAAAAUCUAUAAAAUCACUGACUCUAGAAGAACGAGAACAUAUGCAUUGUGAACAUUUGAAUGUGCUGAAAGCAGAAUCAAAUGACAACUUGUUACCGAGGCAUCAAAAACUAUUUCCUGUGUGGUUUCGAAAGAGGAUCGGAAAAUCGUAUCAUGAAAAGUUUUCAGGGGUUAGUGAUGAAUUGCAUUCGUUAGCACAGGGUGUUGAAUCUCGCGCAAAAUCAUUUUCUGCUUGUAUCUAUAAUGGAGUUCGAUUCCAUACCAAACAACGCGAACUUCGUCGAACGACCCAGAAUAGCGGAUUGGUAGUAGAUGGGGAACACAAUAGUAAGCCAAUUGAAUUCUUCGGUAUCUUGCAAGAUGUUAUUGAGUUAGACUUUUUGUAUGGAUACCGAGUUGUAUUAUUUAAAUGUGAUUGGUUUGACAUAACUCCUGAAAAGACAAGAAUUCGAAAGGAUUAUAGUUUGACAUGUAUAAAUACUAAUAGAAUAUGGUACAAGGGUGAUCCUUUCGUUCUUGCAUCACAAUCGCAACAAGUGUUAUACCUAGAUGACUAUAAGCAUGGAGCAAAUUGGAAAGUGGCUCAGAAAAUGCAUCAUAGACACAUAUGGGAUGUUCCUGAAAUGGAUAUCAAUGAAGUACAACCAGAAACAAAAACAACUAUCGACGAGGCAUAUCACCAUAACAAGGAGGCUCCAUUGCUAUUAUCCGCUGUUCAGGAAGAUGAUAAUGAGGCAACUGUACUUUAUAGAGAUGCUGAUGUUGAACUCGAAAUCAUAGAUGCAGAUCUUGUUCUAGCUGAGGAUGUCAUAGAUGAUGAUGAGGAUGAGGAGGAAGAAGACGAAACAUUGUUUAACUACAACAAUGAUGUGGCAGAGCCUGAUGAUAUUGUGCCAGAAGAAGAUGACUCGGAUCUAGAAUAUUAG